AUGGUGGCGGUCUCGGUGGUGGCCAUGGUGGUGGACUUGGAGGUGGCGGCGGUCUUGGUGGUGGUGGUGGUCGAUGGUGGUGGACUUGGAGGUGGCGGCGGUCUUGGUGGUGGUCAUGGUGGACUUGGAGGUGGCGGUGGUGGACUCGGCGGUCACCUUGGAAAAGGUGGUGGUUUCGGUAGCGGUUUCGGAAAGGGUGGCGGUUUUGGUGGAGGAAUUGGGAAAGGUGGCGGGUUUGGUGGUGGUGCCGGUGGCGGUUUUGGAAAGGGUGGCGGGCUUGGUGGUGGAGUUGGUAAAGGUGGCGGGUUUGGUGGUGGAGUUGGUAAGGGUGGCGGGUUUGGUGGUGGGGCAGGUGGUGGUUUCGGCAUGGGUGGUGGUGCUGGGGGUGGGUAUGGGAAAGGUGGGGGACUCGGGGGAGGACUAGGAGGAGGAGGGGGUGGUGGAUUUGGUGGUGGCGGAGGGUUUGGAGGAGGAGGUGGCGGCGGGUUUGGCAGUGGUGGUCACUGA